CAGUAGGUCUGUCACUCAGGGGUUGACGUCUACGUGGUGAGGUUUGGAACCACUAACCCGGUUGUACACUUAUCACCAUGGUUGAGACCCAUAGUGGGAAGGAGACUAGCCCCUACACCACUGAGCAGCAAGAAAAGAUGGUCGCCUUAGUCAGAGAGAAUAAGGAGAGGAAAGAGCGUGAAAAGCAAGCCAAGCUAAAGGCUAUCGCAGAYGAGCAGGCAACGAAGAUGAAGAGAUUGGAGGAGGAGAUGAAGAGGGUACAACAGGAGGAGGAAGAAAGAAGGAAGGUUGCUGAAGCAGAAGCGACCGCAGAAGAAGAGAAAGAGAGCAUGAGAAUUGAGAGUGGGGAAGGAAGUAGUGGUGGCACAAUGAAGUGGGAGACAGAUACUGAGCUGGAGAAGAAGAUCAGCGAGUGGGUCGCUAAUUUAUCGUUGGGGGAAGACGAGGAGGCAAAGUCAUAUGUGACUAAGGAUGAGAAGGCUGCGAUGGCCGCUGAGCUAGCAGCCAUGAUAGACCCAAUGGAACGAAGAGAGAGGGAAGAUGAGAAAAAGUUAGCAUGGAAGCUGAGAAUGAAGAGGGAGAAGAAGAGGAGGAGAGAGGAAGUGAAUAAGAUGAUCGCAGCAGUGGCAAAGGUGCAGGAGUGUAGAGCGGAGGUGCUGGCCCAGCCAGAUGAUAAGGCCAAGUGGGACAAAGUACUGGGCUAUUUAGAGGUGUUGAGCAAGGCUUGGAUGGAGGAGCGCCAGGCAAGCUGGAGCCAGGAUGUAGCGUUGAGUGCCAUGCGGUCCGGGUUUAGGGAUUUUGCGCGCGAAAUCGUCACCCACAUUGGGGGCGAAGUCAAACAGUCGAGGGACAAUGUAGGGAAGUUUUGUGAGGGCGCCAUUCAGGGUGCCAAAGCUGCAGCCGCUGUAGAAGGAGAGGGCAGACCCCGUAAGGACCCAGUGAAACUUAAGUUCCCAGACGCGUACGGGGGAAAGAAGGACGAGAACUUUAACAACUGGGAGGCCAGUGUCAAUAGUUACAUUUAUUUACAGCAUAUCCUGAUAGAGGAGCAAGUCCUCGUGGCCUUCCAGGCCCUGAAGGACGAAGCGGCUAGCUUCACCAGGUCUCUCGCGCGUACAGCCGGUUGUCAAAACAACCUGGUUGCGUAUUCCAAAGUCACUCCUCUUUCCCAAUUCCUCAAGCUCCUCAAGGAGCGGUUCGCUGACCCAACACGAGGCAUUAGAGCCUCUGAUAAGCUCCAAACGAUCCACUCUCGGCAGUGGAGGAAUGCUAAGGCACUCAAGGGUACUAUGGACGACUUGGUAGCCGUCCCGGACCACGGAGUCACUGAGCCCCCUUCUGAUAACACCUUGACACAUUGCUAUCUCAGUGCUCCCGCAUUCGCGCGAUUGGUAAAGAAGGAGCAGUUAGAAAACCAGGUCUUUGUAGUAUAUGUCAGACCUGUCACUGAGGCCCAGGAAAAGGAUAGUUCCAAAGAUCCAACAAUUGCCAAGCUACUGGAAGAAUUCAAAGACUUGACUGAGUCGCCGACAGGAGUAGUGUCGCGACCCAUCCAGCACAGGAUAGAGAUAGAGUCUGGCAGUAGAACUCCUAAGGGUGCAGUCUACAGGAUGUCCCCUAGAGAGUUAGAGGAGCUCCGCAAGAAGUUAGACGAACUCCUUGAGAAAGGUUGGAUCAGGCCCAGUUCGUCUCCUUUUGGAGCACCCGUUUUGUUUGUCCCCAAGAAGGAAGAAGAGCUUCGUAUGUGUAUCGACUAUAGGGGUUUGAACGCGAUCACAGUGAAGAAUGCUGAGCCGCUGCCCAGGAUAGACGAUCUCUUAGAUCGAGUGCAGGGUUGUAAGUAUUUCUCUAAGAUAGACUUAAAGUACGGAUACCAUCAGAUAGAAGUCCAUCCUGAUGAUCAGUACAAGACUGCAUUCCGGAUUAGAUAUGGGCAUUAUGAGUUUAUAGUGAUGCCCUUUGGACUGACCAACGCGCCAGCUACUUUUCAGCGCUGUAUGAAUGACUUGUUUAGACCAUGGUUAGAUAAAUUUGUAGUAGUCUACUUAGAUGAUAUCCUAGUCUUUAGUAAGACCCUCCAGGAGCACCAGGGUCAUUUGAGGCAGGUCUUGGAGAAGCUUAGAGAGGCUAACUUCAAGAUCAACGCGAAGAAGUGCGAGUGGGCCAAGACGCAAGUCUUAUACUUGGGCCACGUGUUGGACGGAGAUGGCACUAAGUCAGAGGACAACAAGAUCGCGACGAUCAGAGAUUGGCCAACACCCCGCACAUUGACAGAGUUGCGGUUGUUCCUAGGCUUAGCUAACUACUACAGGAAGUUUGUGAGGAACUUCUCCACUAUCGCCGCUCCCUUGCGCAGGUUGUUGAAAAAAGAAACAAUCUGGCAAUGGAAUAAAGACUGUACGUCUGCGCUCAAAAAGUUAAAGCGCGCGUUAAUAGAGUAUCUUGUCCUCAAGGUUGCAGACCCGUCCUUGCCAUUUGUCGUCACCACGGACGCGAGUCAGUAUGGGAUAGGCACCGUGUUGCAACAAGAUGACGGCAAUGGCUAUAGACCCGUAGAGUUCAUAUCCGCGAGGAUGCCUUGUGAGAAAGUCACUACCUCCACGUACGAAAGAGAACUCUACGCCCUCAGGCAGGCUUUAGACCAUUGGAAGCACUACCUGCUUCGGAGGCACUUCAAAGUCUACUCGGACCAUGAAACACUUAGAUGGUUGAAGACCCAGGCCAAGAUCACACCUAAGUUGACCAGGUGGGCCGCAGAGAUAGACCAAUUCGACUUUGAGCUCAAGCGUGUGAAGGGCAAGUACAAUGUAGUGGCGGAUGCUCUAAAAAGUGCGCACUACGAAUCUUGUGCGGAACGUGUGGCAGCACGGCUGUCAGAGGACAACUAAGGUACCCUAAGACUUUGCAGACUGCAAGGGGGGUAUGGGACAGACUCCAGGUUCUGUGGACACAGGCAGAAAUAUUUUGUCUUUCCAAGCAGAGCUCAGCGCUCGCACCUUGGAUAAACAGUCUAGUACUUG